CACAAGGCUGUUGUUGCACAUGCGCCUUGCUUUCCGCCUGCUGCGCACAGAGCUGUGGAGGGAGAGGUGGCGUCUUGGUUCUCUUUGGCUGAGAGUCGGUCGCUAGUGUGAAAUAUGAGUGAGCAAGUAAGAUUAACAUCUAAAUCUGGAGCAGGAGGAGAUGAAGAACAAGAAUCUUCUCAGCCAGUUGAGCCUCUGUUUGCCCAGCAGCCCAAUGAGGAAGAACCUCAGCAAGAGGAGCCACCAGCUGAAACUCAGGAUAUUGCACCUGGUCAGGAGAACGAAGAUGGAGUAGCACCUGAGGUUCAAGAUGAAGGUAAAGGGAAGAAAAAUGCCAGUGAGGAGCCUGACAUAGAAGCUGAUCUCCUGGAAUUCUCUGAGGCAAAGACAGGAGGUAAACGCGGAGAUGGUCCUGAUGUCAAGGGGGAGAUUCUGUCAAAUCUAGAACCCUUUCAAGUGCCAGAAGCAGGUGAAGGGCAACCACAGGUUUAAAUGAAGACAAGGUGAAACAGUGCAAGCUGUUCUUAUAUUGGAUGUUUGACUUAAAAUUAUCUCAAUAAAAUUUUACAA